UAAAGCUUCAGCUGUCACAUUAAGGUUGAAAAAAGAAAUAAACCACAAAAUACUAAGUAGGAAAAUGUUUGAAAAAUUUUCACGUGGAUUUAAAGAAAAAUAAAGGAAAACAGAAAAAACACUUUCUCAUUCAUUGUUUAUUCGUCGCAACAACAACAACACUGUAAAAACAGUGCCAAAAGAGAGAAAAAACCUUUAAGGAAAAAUGUAAAAACUAAUUUCACAGUUAUUGAUUAAACAAACUUUAUUCACUUACGUCAAAAUAAGGCGAAUAAAAGCAACUGCAACUAUCAAAGAUAUUUUAUCUGAAAAGUGUAUUGAGUAACAAUAAAUCCUAAAAUAGAAAUACAAAUUAAAUUAGUGUAACUGAGUUUGAAAGCAUAGCAACUGGAAAAAAAUAACUUUUUAUCAAUGUUGUUGCCGGAGCAAAUACGUCCAGGAUGCUUGGAACGUUUUCUGGACAUUCUGAAGUCACCGAUAAGGCCAAAACAUAUACGUUUAUCAGCUGUUCUCAUUUGUAUUAAUCAGUUUUUAAUUGCAAAUAUUCUGCUCUUCAUUGUCAUACUGGCUUACAUUCAUAUCGAGGAAGCCAAUUCAAGGGCGAUUGCCGACAUGGAAGAUCAACGUGACAAUGCGUAUUACAGUCUUCCGGACUUGAUAUUGAACCGCAUACGUUUUCACUUUGCCAACGACGUUACAAUGACAUCACGGGUCUUUGCCUUCUCAAUGGUCUGUUGCUCGGCCGUCUAUUUGCUGAGUGCUAUUGGUCUGCUGAUUGGCAUCUAUAAGAGUCGUGAGGAAUUCGUUUUGAUUUGGUUGAUACUGCAGGUCGUAUUCUUUAUUGGCGGAAUAGUUUUUAGUGUUUGGAUAUCGGAUGGUGAAUUUGUUAAGCAUACAGUUGGCAAGUUAUUUUUCUUUUUUAUGUCUGCAACUGUACUCGUGUGUGAUGCAACAAUGUGGUACAUUAUUUAUUGCUUCUAUCACAGCAUACGUUUAAUGAACAAAUUACGUGAAAUAGCUACUGUUGCCAUUCCAUGUCCUGCGCCCGGAACGGUUCCAUUCCAUUUCCGAAGAGAAAAUAUGUAUUUAGGCAGCAAUGGCUAUAAACACAUUUUAACCGAGGCGCCCGAUGGCAAUUAUUGAUUUUAAAUAGAAAAUAAAUGAAUAUUUUUACUUGUUUUUCACCAAAA